AUGCACCGCCGCAUCGGCAUCGUCGAUACGAGGCUCCGUCUGGCACACCGGAAGAGGCCAGAAGGUAAGUGAGUUACCAGGUAAGCGGAUGUGGCCCUGCUAGAUUGCUAUUUGUCUGGUUGUUUGUGUUUGUUCUUAUUGUAAGCUAAAUGCCGUUCUGUUGAAUUCUUCCGCUCGCCCUUUAUAUUUAAGCAAGCAGUUCGCUUAUAGAAGGGCGGAAGAGCUCUGAUUCCCGUCACUGUACUCUUCCCCUACCCCCUCCCUCUUCCUUUAAGUCCUACGGUGAUGUCGUAGGCAGGGCCAAGCUAACUCGGAUUGUUCUCCCACUAAACAAAAGUUGUUGUCCAUAGUGAAGUUCGGCAGCCGUCUGCGACAAAUGAGUUGCCCUAUCUAGGGAGAGUAUUGCUCACCUCCGCGAGGGGAAAGGCGUCCUAACCAAAUGCUGGGGACCCACGCCGUCCGAAAAACACACAGCUGAAACAACCAAGUAAGAAGCAAAAAUUUCUCCCUUCCCCCUCCUUCUCCUGCCACUCCACUCGCCACACUUGUAGGGUGAGUCCACUCAUUCUGGCAGCCUGGGAUGUUCAUUCCCUUUUAGACAAUCCAAGGAGCAACCGACCGGAACGGAGGACAGCGCUAGUGGUCCGGGACCUGGCGCGCUACAAGGUGGACAUCGCCGCACUCAGCGAGAUCCCAUUCUCCGAACAAGGCCAACUGGAGGAGGUGUUUGUCGACUACACUUUCGUCUGGAGCGGUCGCCCCAGGGCAGAGCGACGGGACGUGGGUGUCACCUUUGCCAUCCGGAACGACACCGUGGGACGUCUGCCCCGUCUGCCGCAGGGUAUCAAAGAUCAUCUGAUGAGCCUACGCCUGCAUCUUCGGGACGGCAAAUUCGCCACCAUCGUCAGCGCCUACGCUCCUCCGAUGACCAGCCCUAACGAGGCGAGAAACAAAUUCUGCGAGGACAUGCAUACCCUCCUAGCGUCUGCGUUGAAGACGGAGAAGUUGGUUGUCCUUGGUGACUUCGACGCUCGCGCAGGCGGAGACCAUGCUGGCUGGAGUGGGCGUUGGCUACCCGUGGUCUCAACGGCUUCAAAGACAAUGGUCUGCUCCUUCUCCACAACUGCACAGAACACAGCCUCGUCUUAACAAACACCUUAUUUUGCCUGCCGGAGCGAGAGAAGGCCACCUGGAUAAAUCAUCGGUCGCGUCAGUGGCACCUACCGGACUGUGUCCUCGUCUGGAGGCGAGACCAGCGGGACGAGCUGGGGACAAAUGCGAUUCUGGGUGCUGCCGGGUGGACCGACCAUCGUCUCGUCAUCUCCGAGAUGCAGACUGAUCUACAGCCCCACAGGUGACCUCAAGGUAAGCGAACCCUGGGUACGCUGAAUACUGCCUUGCUGUCUUUGCCUGCUUGCCAUCUUCAUUUCAGCAAUGAGCAAGCUCAACCGCUAGCCAAUCUUGCCGUCGUCGUCGUCGUCGCCGCCGCCGCCGCCACUGACGCAACCGCCUCCAUUGGGAACCGAUGGUGUCAAAUGCAGGACACAGUCUAG